AAUGCUGUGAGGUACUUAGACAAAGAGAGUUGCAGAGAAAUUGAAGAGAAUGGAUGGCUAAAAGAAGAGGUUAAGCUGUACCGAAAGGAAGUGAGUGAUUUGAAAGCCUCCAUUCAACUCCUGGAAGAAGAAAAUAUCACUUUAGUGGCAAAACUGGUUGAUAGCAGACUUGAGUAUCUAGGAGUACCCAGGCAUCUUGCUGCUGGCUUGCCAGAUGAGUUUCUUAAGGAUGACAUGAAAGCAGUAGAGUAUAGUGAGUAUGCAGCAGAGGCAGAUGGAGCUGAAAGCCUCAGAAGUGCCACAGAGCCCUGUCAGAAAACAAAAGCCUUUCCAAAGAUUCAGUCUACAUCAGACAGUGAGAAGCCCCAAGAGAGUGAUGAGAAGAUAUCGGAACAGUCACUCACUCCAACCCUGGGCAGCCUCUCUUAUGAAGAUGAAAAAGAUUUCCAGGAACAAUUAGAACUGGAGACAAAGCUGAUGUGUGUGAUUGGAAAAGCUAUGCCUAUUCAUAAACAACCAGAGGAAAUGCCAAGCAGGAGGGACACAGAAGAUGGCAUGGGCCAUAAAUCAGACAGACACAUCACAGCUCGGAUGAUCAGGGCCUUGUCUAAAGAAAAGGUUGGUUAA